AUGGAAAGCUAUGUUACUAAUUUUCAUGAUCUGGGAGUUCUAAGAACAGCAACAGAAACUUCAACUGCAAAUACACAGACAUCCACAGCAGCAGAAACCGCGACAUCAGCUUCUGUCUCAACAGGUGCAACAGCACAAAAUCCAGUGAGCUCAACUGAAACAACAAGAACUGAAGCAACAACAGCCACCACUCCACUCCCAUCAACAAGUGCAGCAGAUACAUCAUCUUCAAGUACACAGACGUCCACGGCAGCACUGACCUCUACGUCUGCUCCUCCCUCAAUAAGUGGAACAGCAUCAACAUCCACCAUAGGCUAUACAGAAGGGUCAACAGAUGAGGAAUCGACAAUCACUAUGUCACUCCCAACAAGAGUCCCAGCAGCAGCAGUAUCACCAACAAAUAAACAGACAUCCACCGCAGCACUGACCUCUACAUCAGCUCCUGCCUCGACAAGUGGAACAGCAUCAAUAUCCACCGCAGGCUCAACUGAAGGGACAACAACUGAAGAAUUGACAAUCACUACGUCACUCCCAACAAGUGUCCCAGCAGCAGCAGUAUCACCAACAAAUAAACAGACAUCCAGCGAAGCACUGACCUCCACAUCAGUUCCUGCCUCGACAAGUGGAACAGGACAACAACUGAAGAAUUGA